UGACACUGGUCAAAAUGGUGCCCUAGUUGGCGUUUGCGAAGCUGAGUUUUUUAACAAGUUUCCUCGAAACGGCGUUCAAAAUGAUCUGGAGCAGAUCCUUACGUAUACGUCGUGAUCUUAGCAUAUGUAUAUGUUAGCAAGAAUGCGCAAAGAUGCGCUUGUCAGUGACAAUGUAUUUGUGUACACGUGCGGUGGUAAACGGACGCUCAAAUGAGAAGAGUCCAGUGCGUCUGUGUAAACAUCAGCUGACGGAUUUCGCAAAUCACUCACUUGAUUGACUCUAUGUCAUCAAUGACUACAAUCUCAUCUUGCCUUCAACAGGCAAACGUAUUGUUGCAAACAGCCAAGCAGCAGCCUGGGAAGUUAAGUCGUGAACAUCGCAAAGAAAAAUACCCAUCGUUGCAACAGAAGCUGACUGAACUGUAUUUGUCCGAAUGCAAUUUUAAUCUGAGGAACAAGAAUUUAUACAAUGGCUCAAAUCUCCUGGGAAAGCUUGUGUCCAAGGAGAAAUUGAAUUGCCUCGUCCUGAACCUCUAUGCCGGCAACGAAGGCUACUCGCUCAUGCUGAAAACCAGGAAUGGCACAGAAACAGAAACUAUUCGCCUGCCUUACGAGGAAAGUGAACUGUUGCAGUACAUCGACAGUGAAGAGCUUCCACCAAUCCUUGUUGACCUUUUGGAAAGAUCUCAGGCACCAGUUUUCUACAGCGGCUGCAUAGUUGUUGAAGUACGGGACCACAGGAGGUGCUUACCAACAAUGGGCACAUUUGCCACGCAUUAUGUGCUCCUAAAACCGACAACUCAGUCUGUGCUCUGCGACGUGGGCCUGGUGGCGCGUGGCGAUGGCCACUCGUGGAGUCUUGAGGAUAAGCUCUACCUGGAAGCGGCACUGGUCAUGGCCACUGCCGAGCCACUCUGCCUGGAGCCCACAGUGGGUGUGGCCGUUGUCUCCAACUGGCUGCAGCACAAGAAGGCUCGCCUCAGCAACCACAUGAUCAGCAGGAUGGCAAAGAAACACAGCCAAGUGGCCAUCAAUCGUCGGAAAAAGCUGGAGCAGUGUGCGACACCACCAUACCUGAGGGCGCACGACUUCAUCACGCAGUACCGCAAGAGGGUACCAGCACCGACACCGCUGCCAACCAUGCCUUCCAAACAGGCUGAUAUCUGGGUGCAGAAAAGGGCGGCAAUGCCAGUGCCCCAAAAGAUUGAGGUGGAAAAACUGGCACGCGUCAAGGAAUCCUCCGCGCCAACAAUGGACAACACACCGCUGGUGGUGCAGGAGUUUGUACUGGAAACGGAGCCUAACACGGGCAAGCUAACCCGUGUAACCAUCCUCCAAAGGCCCACCGACGAACAGUUCUUCGGCCGUCUCUACGUUGAUCGGGAAGGGAACAACAAGGGCACUAGCUGCGAAUUCAACCUUGGCAGUCAAGCCAACGUUACCAGGUACCUGGACCAGUUCCGAGAGAUUUUCACCGAGGAGGGCCGCAAGGCUGUGAAGAUCACCCACCUCGUUCCUGGCAAACCACCAGUGGUCCUUGACCCCCAGAGCAUGUCUGGUGGCUUGGAUGAACACUGUGAACCAUCGGCAGCAGUGCCAACCAUGAAGGCACAAGAACAGCUCAGUGAAUCACCACCUGUGCUAGCUACUGCUGAGAACAGGAAAGAGCCAGUGAACAUAAAUAUCCUGGAACCCAACCACGGUCACACAGUGUGUCCCGAUGACGCUACCAGCAAACCAAACCAGGCAUCCACUAUUUCAAACGCACUGCCAGCGCAGUCACCGGAGGUGGUCAGUCUUCCUAACAUCAGCUUAUCACAGAAUGUUGGCCUGCAUAAUUUGAUGUCUCUGACGGGCGUCAAUUUGUCCUCUGCCAUUCCUGUGCCUAUUUCACUGACCAUGGUGCCUGUGACUCAGUCUAGCGUGCUUGUUGGAGCAACUGGAAGCCUGCAUGGUCAGAUCCAAGACUCAUCUGUGCAGAAUAUUCAGUCUGCAGCGAGUGUAGCACAGACAACAAAUGUGGCAUCCAUGGCACCAUCGGCUGUCAUUGUGUCCUCUGGAGGAAUGGUGAACCCAGUGUCAACGGUGCUGAGCCCCGCAUCAGGUGUGCUCUCCAUGCCGCUGACAGUGGCCACCCUUGGGGCACAAACACUGACAGCCCAAUUGGUGGCGCCCACCCUGAAGGCUGCACCUCCACAGGCCGUUCGCAGCACUCCCGCACCUGUCUCUCUGCUCCAGGUUCCUGGGGGCCAGCAGACACUGCCACUAAUUGGGACGCUGCCUCGGCAGAUGCCUCCAGCUGCAUCAAAUGUUGUAAACAAUGCCACAGGACCGACGACUGUGCACAAUCAGCAGCUGCAAAUGGCCCUGCAAAAGCAGCUGCAACUUCAAGCGCACAGCACAGCUCCUCAGCAGUCCAGUGGAGGCAGUGGUGGGGCUGCCGCGAGGCAACGCAGCCGUAAAAAGUCUGGCAAAACGUAGCAUCGCUCGAGAGCCAUUUCUAUAGGUCAACUGCAACAAAAUUUUACAAUUAGUGUACGAUAUCGAAGCAAUCCUGGCAACUUCAGAGCUGGCAGUCGUGAAAUUAUGUGAUUAACAUCCUUCAGAUAGUACGCAAUGGGGUCGCUAAAUGUCAUGUGGACUCCAUGGCCUCAGAGAUUUUCGAUGCAUAUCUGGUGCCACUCAUCACAGAGGCCAUGCCAGUCCGAUUCUUAACUACCUGACCGGUGCAUAACUUCUGGCAACAAUUUAUUGUAUUGCCAGUUGUCCUGAAUCUGAAAUGGGUUUCGACAGUUUAAAAUUUUGUUGCAGCUGGCUAAUAACACUUGUGAUGUUUUUCAAGCAGGCCGUAUUUACCUUGUUUAUCAUCAUCAUUUUCUUUAGGCAAGCAGGUCCCUCCCAUUCAUUUCAGGUUCCGGCAUCAAAGGCGGCUAGUUUCACGAUUUUUCAAAGUCCACUCUAGGUUGCAUGCACAACAUAAUAGCAGCCAUACCUUGCUUUUGCUUUGCACGUUACGGCGAAAAUGCCAUGCAUCAUCAGCGCACUACUAAUCAUCAGCGACUACUUCUCAGCUUCAAAGUAGUCACAAAGCACAUUAUUACAUUGUUAGUUUCCUGCAUUAUGGAAGAGUGUUAUCAGUGCCACUAAUUUUUUUUAAAUACCAGAUUUUACAAAUGUUUUAAACCUUGCAACUAGAUGGACAGUUUUCAGUGCAUGUCUGUUGAAACUGGUCGCCAAUCACAUUGUUAGUUUGUUCCUGCAUCUUGAGAAAUCGUCCUCCACAUUAAGUGUUCACUCCAGGAACACUUUUACACUCGCUGCCCGUCAAACAGUUCCGUAGAAUGUGCUGUUUCUUGGCUUCUAAAAUGUGACCAGGAAAGUUGUUUAACAAAAGGUGCUGAAAAAAAAAGAAAGCACUGUUUCUGCCUUCAUAAACCACUUUCCAAUGCUGUACAUAGAAACAGAUCGUGCCACUCCACAAGUGAGGACAUUUUUAUGCUGUAGUUAAGAUUUCUCUCCCCCCACCCACCUCCCCUCGGUGCAUUGUUUUAACUUAACAAGGGAUUUCGCACACUUUUUACUAUUUCCCUUGCUGCCACCACCCUACAAAUCAUGUAAAGGUCGUAUACCUCGGUCAUACCCUGCCCAAAAAGAUGUGUGUGUGUGUGGUGGUGACAAAAUAUGUACAUACAAAAUGAAAUGUGUAAAGAAUAGUUUUUAACUUGCAUGAAGUGUUCCAAAGCAACUCUUUCCCGUUUUUUUUCUUGAAUGUUGCUGUCGUUGAAUAUGUACAUUUCAAAUGCGCAGUAAAAGUUGACUCUCACUGAAA